AUGGCCAUCUCAGAUGAUGAAAUCGACGUCUUCACUCCACUCCCUGACGACAUGUGGGACAAUCUGGAAAGCAUUCCGUUGGAACUCCUGACUCGGCGAACAUACGGCCCAAGUACCACAGUCACUGGGAUUGGUUUCUUCGAGUAUUUCUUGCCCUUGAUGGCGAUUCUCGGCGACAUCAACCUCGUCCACCAUCUCAAAAAUCAUCCACGCCUUGGAUCCCUUGACGAGCAACCGGCCACCUCCUCAAUCGAGACCCUCUUAGCGAACUGCGCCAGAAGUGUGACAGACCUCGCCAAUCGUCACGAGCUUGAAAGGCCGGACGGAAGCACGCCGGCGGGUGAGUUGCUGACCCCAAGCCCAAACGGCGGCGGCGGAGGGCACGCAUCGGCACAACAGGACCCCAUCUCCAGCCAGCGAAGAUCCAAAUCGCACACUCAGGCACAACUAGUCAUCGCAUACGCAACCUUCAUCCUGCACGUUCUUCACGUCCUCCUGCACGGCAAGUGGGACGCCGUCUCAAUGCUGGAGAACGACGACGGGUGGAUAACGACCGCCGAAUUCAUGAAAUGCGCGUUCCACGCGAUCGCGGCCUCCGAGGCGGUAUCACAGAUCCUGCGCCGCGACCCGGAACUCACGUUCAUGCCGUACCUGUUCGGCAUCUACCUGCUGCACGGCAGCUUCAUUUUGCUGCUGUUCGCCGACCGCAUGCCGCAGCUUGGCCCCAACGAGUCCGUCGAGAAGGCGUGCGAGACCAUCAUUCGUGCCCAUGAGGUCUGCGUCGUCACCCUGAACACUGAGUUCCAGAAACGCUUUCGCAAGGUUCUGAGAUCUACGCUGUAUAGUGUCCGGAGCGCCGGACCCACCAGUGAAGAGGAAAUCAUUGCGAGGCGGCGGGCGCUGUCGCUCUAUCGCUGGACCAAAGGGGCGCGCGGCUUGGCUUUGUGA